CUGUGUCCCACACAGCUACUGGUAAAAGAACAGCAUGAAGGCUGGCGAGAGGAGUGCAGGAACCCACAAACUGGCAGGCUGGACGAGAGCAGGGAUCCAUCUACGCCGGCGGCCAGACCCAGCUUUUUCAGAACAUUUCCCCCCUCCCCCUCCACCCCCAAGCAAUUCUAGGAUAACAUUUCCACCUACUCCUUUCAAAGGUCAGUUCAUGGCCUGAACCAUGAAGGGCUAGGGCCCUUCCAAACUUUGGGUAGGGGGGAGGUUGUGUUUAACUCACGGAUGUUUUCAUUACCCAUAGAAGUGUUCAGCCUUUCUGUGGGUCCAGCUAAACUUGUGGCCUCAGUGGUCUUGUGGCAAUGAGUUCUGCAGGAUAACUGGGCCCUGUGUAAACUUUUUCCUCAUAUUGGUUUUAAAUCUGCUGCUUGUCACUGAUUGAGUGGCCUCUUCUUGUGCUCUGAAGGAUACACUGAAAUCACCUACCUGCCUUCUCUCUCCAGUCAUUCUGUUGUAUUCUUUCAUCGUGUCCCUUUAUAUUUAUCUCCUAACAGCUCCGUCCUUUCCCUCAAACGCUAGAAAAUGCCAGAAUUAAGCUUGCCCGUGUAACCUUAAUUCUGCCUUGGUGGGUAGGCAGUGUGGGACAGUCUCAUUACAUGAUCAAACUCUCUCUCGACUAGGCAAUUUUCACAGCCCAAGAGAAGGGAAAUGCAACCAGCAGCAUCCACAGUGAACUGUCUCCGAGAGCUCAUUUUAAAUGCUAAUCUCGCGACGCGUUAUCUGUAGACCUGGAUCUCUGUCUUUUGGCAUAUAUAUGACUUUUAGCUCAAGUGGGGCCCAAUUACUCCUGUGCUUGCAGCAGCCCAUACGGACACAUGUGCUGGAUCAGCGCCCUGGAGCACAGACUUCAGGGCCUGCAGUCCCAGGGAGAAAGGACCUGUUUUGUCCUUGCGAACGCACAGUUUAAAACAAGCCAGCAGGGACAUUUCAGUCCCCCGCAGGUGCUGCUCCCGUCCUUGUUAACACGCUGGGGCACGUUAUCCGCGGGUGACCCCAGGGCUUUCUGAACACUAACCGGCGGGAAGAGACCUCUGCACAGUGCUGGGCCCAGCAGCCGAGCUGACCUUGCAUGCUCAGAUCUUCCCUUUGCCAGGACACCAGGACGCCAGCUGCUCCCAGCACCCAGUGUCAGAAGCAAUAACAGCACCUCGCAAAGAGCCUCCCAGAUUCAUUCAGCCCUCUCUGCCCCCAGGUUCCCGCCAGGCUUGGAAUGAGAGUCGGGAUGGUGGAGGUCGGGGGAGAAGGAGCAAACGGUUGUAACUUCAGGGAUUUGCUGUUUAAAGAAAUAGACGCUAAAGCCCCCGCUUUGUCCCAUGUCAAUGUCCUUGCAGUAAUGAGCUUAGAGCUGGCUGAGCUCAGCUAAUUCCAAGGUUGCAGGAGCUUUUCUUCUGCAGCAGGGGUGGGGGCCUGGCAAGUGGGUCACCGAGCCAUGGAACGGAGCCCUGGCCCACUCUGGGCGGGGAGAAGCCGGGACCUGGAGCCAGGGGGACUGCACCAGCAGCUGACACCCCACCGCAGUCAUGAGCCUGGAGCCCCCAAAGCUGGAGAUCAAGUCGGCCACCAGGGUGACUGGAGGGCCAGUCACCCCCAGGAAAGGGCCCCCCAAAUUCAAGCAGAGGCAAACCAGGCAGUUCAAGAGCAAGCCACCCAAGAAGGGGACCCAAGGGUUCGGUGAUGACAUCCCUGGCAUGGAGGGGCUGGGAACAGACAUCACCGUGAUUUGCCCCUGGGAAGCUUUCAGUCACCUGGAACUCCACGAGCUGGCGCAGUACGGCAUCAUCUAGCCAGCCCUGAGCGAGUGUCUCAUGGCAGCCCUCGGAUUGUCACUAUUUAUACAGAGGGGGCUGCAGCGCUUUCGCUGCUAGUGACCAGACCAGCCUGAACAAGCGCUUUAAAAUAAACACGCUCAGCCGAAUCUGCUCUGAGUCUGACCUGGCUUUCCG